CGAUCCUUCCAGCGCCUCCCUUUCGCCAUUCACCAUCACAUUCACCCCUAUCGAGAUGCCCAAGAUGCCGGCCAUCAACAUCAAGAUUAAGCACGAUCGUAACCUGCAUGAUAUCUCGGUAGACCCUUCCCAACCCGCCACCGCCUUCAAGGAUGCCAUCUACCAAAAGACUGGCGUACCCGUUGACCGACAAAAGGUAAUGGUGAAGGGAGGCCUGCUCAAGGAUGAUGCCGACCUCACAAAGCUCAACCUCAAGGCUGGUCAGACUAUCAUGGUCAUCGGCUCUGCUGGAGAGCUACCCAAGGCUCCUACUGGCCCGGUCACCUUCCUGGAGGACAUGACAGACACGCAGCUCGCAGAAGCCACUCGUAGCAAGGCCGGGCUUACGAAUCUGGGCAAUACUUGUUACCUGAACUCCACUCUUCAAGUCAUGCGUACCAUCCCAGAGCUCCAGGUGGCCCUGGACCAAUUUAGUGGCACAAUGGGAGGUUUGGACGGAGAAGCCAAUCUGACCGCCUCACUGAGGGACUUGUACAAGAGUCUAGGCACAACUACCGAUGCCUUCCCGCCUUUUGCCUUCCUGACCAUCUUGCGACAGAACGCCCCUCAAUUCGCAGAGAUGCAAAGCGAUGGGCAUGGCUACGCCCAGCAGGACGCGGAAGAGGCCUGGGUGAGAAUCGUGACCGCUCUGCAGUCUACACUAAAGGGUCUCGGUCCUCCUAUAACUGCAGGCGAGCAGUCAAGUCAAAUUGCCUCUUCGAAGAAGUUCGUGGAACAAUACCUGACAGGGGAUAUGGUCGUCAAGCGGUCCACAGCCGAAGCGCCCGAAGAGGAAGCCACAACCAGCCACGAGCCCUUCAGCAUCCUUCAAUGCAACAUUUCCAGCACUACCAACUACAUGAGCCAGGGUAUUCAAGACUCUCUUAAUCAACAAGUGGAAAAGACUUCUCAGACCCUCGGUCGCACAGCCGUGUACGAUGAAGUGCGUCGGAUUAAUCGUCUACCAGCGUACCUCACCACACACUUUGUCCGCUUCUACUGGAGGAGAGAGAUUCGCAAGAAGACGAAGAUUGCCCGCAAGGUCCGCUUCCCUUUCGAGCUCGACGUGACGGACUUUCUCUCCGACGAGCUCAAGGCAAAGACGCGGCCGUACAGGGAUCGGCUGAUCGAGAUCUCCAAGGAGCGGGAGGAGAGAUCGAGGAUCAGAAAGAAGGCAAAGGCUAAGAGGGAGGAAUCAUUAAGGUCGGAUGCUGCCGCUUCGACCAGACCAGGAGACUCGGCCGUUGCCUCUUCAAGCGGCAACGAAGCCCCCAAGCCCGCUGAGCCGAUUGCAGUGGAUCCGUCAGAGGAGAGGCUCAAUGCUCCCACCGAGGUGGAGGUCUCAUCUUCGGCGCUCGGCGCCGUGACGACCGAAGAGGAGGAGCUGAAGCUGAGGGAAAAGGAAUCGGCCGAGUUGGAGAAGCUGAUUCACCCGGAUAUCAAGGCAGACAUUGGCGCUAAUCCUUCGGGCCUGUACGAGUUGGUGGGCGUGGUGACCCACAAGGGAACAGCUGCCGAUGGAGGACACUACAUCAGCUGGACACUCAAGGAGGACGACCAAAAAGAUUCCAGUGGGGCCGCGACGAACAAGGCUGCCACGGUGUUGGAUGCGGACAAGGAGGAGUGGUACAAGUUCGACGAUGAAAAGGUCAGCACCGUCUCCAAGGAGAAGAUUAUGAUGCUCGAUGGAGGUGGACAGGACUCGACGGCGUACAUGCUGCUUUACCGGUCAAAGAAGCUUUGAAUGGGCAAUGACAAGCGAUGAGCCACCAGACAUCACGAUGAAGAUCAGAGAGCCAGUGGAGGCCACGGUCAAGUAGUGAAUCUAUGAUAUGUCCUGUAAUGAGCCGAAUCCGCUCAUGUCCUCUUUGCCUCUGACCUCGGUCGCUCAAUAAAGUCACUAUCUGAUUGAAUCGCCUUUGAGACUAAGCGAGACUCCCCGUCGCAGUCUGAGAAGACGGCUUCUUCUGCCUGAUGGAUCCCUCUUAGUAAGGCCACUUUUUUUUUGGAG